CUCUAUAAAUAGCAAUCACCCAAACGAUCAAAUCUCUUAUAAUUAAUUUUUGCAAUCACUAAAAAUACGUACUCCACUUCUGAAAUAGUACCCAUAAAUUUGUUGUUCUUAAUUAAUUUAGUAGUUCCAACAAUGGAAGCGAUGUUUGAUUUGGACAUGGCUUUGUCGAUGUUGACUAGGGAGGAGAAUUACAUCCGGACCAAGCUCUCCGAGAAGAAGGCUUUCAACCACAACCAACUCAGUGAAAUGCCGGUGGUCACCGGAGCCGACGCCGGAGAAUGCGCCGUCUGCAUGGAGGUUUUUGAAUCGGACGUCGGAGGCAAACAAGUUCCCUGCGGCCACGUCUUCCACUCCGUUUGUAUUUUCAAGUGGCUCUCCGAUCAUAAUUCCUGCCCUCUUUGCCGGUCCACCGUCUUCUCCACCGGCGACGCCCAUGCCGAAAAUCAUCAACAUUAAAUAUUGAAUUUUUCCUUCUUUUAUUUUGUCUCCAUUCUUUUGUUUGUUUAGCAGGAGCUAGUUACGUACUCUUAUCGUUUCCGACCGGUCACAUCAGAAAAUGAAUUAUUUUUUGUUACGAAGACUUGCGAAGCUCCACUUUAAUUACUUCUUUAUGGUCCAUAUACUGACAUGCAAAAAUUUAAGAAUGAUGAAGGAAGGAAUAAAAAUAAAUAAAAUUUGUACGUAUAUUUUUCUUGAGAAUUUUGCAAAUUCUUUCAAAAGCUUAACUGGGCACAAUAGGGAAUCGAGUUAAUUAGAUAUUGUUUGAAGUUGAACUUUAUUGUUAGAGUUUGUCCCGCCGCAUUCGGUUAACAACUUUGAUCAGUAUGUAAACUCCUUGAGUUAUUCUUUUUAGAUCCAAUUGGUUUUGAAAUGAAAUUCCAAGUUUACUAAUAUGAUAUCAGAGCUGGGCCUAGUUGUUUAACCUUUUUUGGUUUCGACGUUUACUUGGUUUCGACUCAAGUAAUGUUUGAAGUUGGUUUCGCCCAAAUCUGGUGGGCUUUGCCUGUUUCUUGCAAAUAUUGAAUUAGUUUCGACCCAAAUAAUUUAGUACAAAUUUGAAGAUUCAAUGCAGAUUAUUUGGUUUCGAUCCAAAUAAUUUAGUAUAAAUUUGAAAACUCAAUAUAAACUAUUUUUAUGAGACGGAGUGAUAUUUAUUUCCGUUGCAAAGUAGGCUGUGUUUAGUCAGCACUCGAUCGGCAAUAUAUAUCGUGAACAUCAACCAUUAAUUAAACUUCUUUAAAGUGAAAGAAAAGAAAACUUGACCUCCUUCAAAACAUAAUCCCCCGUGCGUUAUUGUUAAUUAGUACCCGCCAUUUGUUUCCUUUUAAUUCCUUUGCCAUUUUUUACUUUUUAAUUCCUGAGAAAAUCCAACCGUUGAUCAUAACUUUUUCAUUCAUCUUUCAUUCAUUCCAGACUGACUUUUGUCGUCAAUUUCUUUUUUUUUUUAAUAAUCAGAAUCUUUUAUUUCUAAAAUUCAAUUUUAGUAUUUCACUUUGCAAUACUAUUUUAGUUAGUCGAAUGAAUUCUCGAAAUGAACUAAGCAAGGCGAAUGUUCUAUUUGCGCGCUUAGACCGAUGACUUGUGACACGUAUGUUACUUUCACUAUAAGAAAACUAUAAUUAGUGAUGAAAAUCUUACCUUUUUAUUGCAUUUAUAAAAAAAAAACAUAAGUGAAGCUAUGAAGGUUUAACGCUGGUGAAAUAUAAAAACAACGCCAGCCAAUACACACAACCUGGAGAAAUUUUUACAUUCCC